GUCGCAAAGCAUCGCCGCUACCUCCUGCGACUGCCCUGAAAGCGAACGAUUCGGAGAUCCCGAAUUUGCAGCAGAGGAAGUCAGAGCAGGCCACGGAGGCCACGUGUGCGAGCGGAGAGGUCACGCUGCGAGAUUUCCAGCCAGCCGGAGUUGCUGAGACCUGCUGUCCAAGAUCGAAAGUGGCUUGUGCUGGUUGCGCCUCUUUCACGGGAGGUUCUUCCUGCCAGCGAUGUGCUGAGGGCUUCAUCGAGCGUGAAGGCAAAUGCACGGCAUGCACGAACUCUGGUGGAUGGCUCAGUGUGGACGGGAAAUCCUGCAUGCAGCUGGCGGCGAGUGAUUGCAGCGACGAGAAGGUGAGAGGCCAAUCCAGCAAUGAGGCUUGCUGCCAGUGCGGUGGUGGCAUCGUUACGCCGACACCCUUCUCCUAUUCCAACAGCCGCUGGUCUCUCGACUCCAACAUCGUGAUGAUGCCCGAACCGCGCACGGCCGAGCGCUACACCGUGGAUGCAAAGUGCGAGCUGGCGGCGCACAACCUGACCAUGGACAGCUCUACAGGCGAGAUCUCCUACAUGCCGGGGCGGGCCAAGCCCAUCGAGGCUUUCUCCUUCGAGUGCGAGGUCACGGCCCACCAAGCACCUGGUGUGAGUCUGGCUUCAGUGGUGACGAUCGCGGCGGACGUGCUCAGCUACAGCUGCGAGUUUGAAUG